CAGCUGUCCAGCUGUCAGCAGCAACCAACAAAGCGACAAUUGCGACGUGUCGACGCCGUUGCAAUACAAACCACACCCUUUGUCUGCUCCACACAGGAGCCUCGCCUCGCCGCCGCCUCCGCCGCCUCCGCCAGCCGCCUGUGCUCACAUCACGGCGAUACCCCGUCCCGCAGAGGCCGAAAACCCAACUCUACCUCGUAUCUCGCGCACUCGCCAUAG